AUGCCUACCUUUCGGCUGAAGACGGCGUUUCCGCUAAUAGCGCUGGUUUCCAUCGCCAUCUUCUUCUGGUGCAUGGAACGCUACGACCGGACAGCCUUUCUGCGGUUCAAACACCCCAUCGACCGGGUUAGCUCGGCCGCCAGCCAAAAAUUAUCAAAAUCGCCAACCCAGCCCUGCGAGGUCAACCCGGGUCUGGAGGCCCCGCUUCCCUUCUACGAAUGGCUUACCCGCAAGAACUAUACCCGCGCCUACUUGCGCGCCCGCCAUGUGGAUGCCCACACCGAGUUCCACACUUUGGAGGAGAUUGAUCGGCCCGUGUUGCCACCUAUGGUCGCCUUGGAGCGUGGAAUGACUAUGUCUCCGGAGAAUGAGAAAGAGAUGGUCUGUCCGGAGAUCAUCGAUAUCCCGGUAGCCAAGGACGACGAACUCGACGAGACGUCCAAGAUUCUCUUCGGUUUGGCUACUACCGUGGACCGUCUCGACCGCUUGCUGCCUUCGCUGCUUUACUCGUACGGCAACACCAAAGCCGGUCUUCUCGUUCUGGUUCCCGAGUCGGAUGACGACCUGGAGAAGCAAGAGACCUACUUCCGCAACCGUGGCCUGGAUGUCACCCUCAAGGCUUCCCCGUUGGACUUUACUGCGCGCUACUUUGGUCUCGUCGAGGCUUUUACCGAUCAUAUCAAGAAGCACCGCCCCCACACCACCUGGGUCAGCUUCAUCGAUGACGAUACGUUCUUCCUGUCCCUGCCGACUGUCGCCGAAGAAUUGAAACUGUUCGACGUCAAGAAGAAGCACUACAUCGGUGCUCUGUCGGAGGCCAGCUGGCAGGUGGAUACCUUCGGUCACAUUGCUUUCGGUGGUGCUGGUGUCUUUGUGUCGAAGCCGCUGCUGGAUAUCCUGAUGAAGUACUACGAUGAGUGCCAGUCGUGGGGCGAGCAGCCCGGUGACCAGAAACUUGGCCAGUGCAUUCAGAAAUUCGGUGACACUUCCCUGACCCUGUGGCCCUCGCUGUUCCAGAUGGAUAUGGGUGACCCCGUGGACGGUGUGUAUGAGUCUGGCCGUAAGAUUGACACCAUGCAUCACUGGAACAGUUGGUAUACCAAGGAUGUGGUGAAGAUGACCACUGUGGCGGCCGCGGCGGGCCGCAAGUCGGUGCUGCGCCGCUGGGUCUUCGACCAGGAAGAGUAUGUCGAUGAAGCAACUGGCGAGACAAUGCGCCACUUUUGGAUCCUGACCAACGGUUAUUCCCUCAUCAAAUACACUUACGGCCCGGGUGUGCCGGACGAUGCGAUCAACUUCGACGCUACCGAGAAGACGUGGCCCGAAGACCCGCGCGGCUACGAGGACCGCCUGGGUCCUCUACGGCCCGCGGAAGAGGAGGGCAUCAGCAAGGACCGGUGGUUGCUCCACGAUGCAUUUGUGGUGGGGGACAACGUCCACCAAUUCUAUGUGCGCGAGGAAGAUGAGGACCACAGCGUGAUUGAGAUUGUCUGGCUCGGCCCCAAGGGCGGCGGUGGUGCUGAUCAGACGAGCUCCUACAUCCGCGGCACCUACCAGCAGUGA